UACUUGAGUAAAUCGUUUGUCUUCCGGUUUAGACAUUCUGCUGCUAACGCUGGAACAGUUCCUCAUGUGUGUGUUUACUUACUGAAAUAAAAGAGUAUUGAGCACAUUUCUUUACCGAAAUGGAUAUACUGAAAGCUGAGAUCGCACGGAAAAGGAAACUUCUGGAAGAGAAGCAGCUUGUUGACGACUCUAAAAAAUUCUUCAAAAGGUCAGAACUCGCUCAGAAGGAAAAAGAAGACUACUUCAGAAGAUGUGGAUACAAGAUUGAUAACAAAGAAGAAGAUGAACCUUCCACUUCAGCUAACCCAGUGUUAGAAAUGGAACUAACAGAAGAGAAGCUGCCAAUGACACUGUCACGACAGGAGGUUAUUAGACGGCUUAGAGAACGAGGGGAACCAAUCAGAUUGUUUGGAGAAUCGGACUAUGAUGCCUUCCAGAGACUCAGGAAAAUUGAGAUCCUGACCCCAGAAGUAAACAAGGGUUUGAGAAAUGACCUGAAGGCUGCUAUGGACAAGAUCGACGCACAGUACCUGAACGAGAUUGUUGGAGGAACAGAGUCUGGAGAACAGGACACGCAGCACGACCUGAAAGUGCAUGAAGAAAACACCACGAUAGAAGAACUGGAGGCUCUUGGAAAAACGCUGGGCACAGGAGAUGACCACGGAGACCAAGAUGUUAUUGACAAGUUUUUGAGGUUUCUCCUCGGUGUGUGGGCCAAAGAUCUCAACCGUCGAGAGGACCAUGUGAAACGAAGUGUUCAGGGCAAACUGGCCAGUGCAACCCAUUCACAGACUGAGUCUUACCUCAAACCUCUGUUUAGGAAGCUCAGGAAGAAGAGUAUACCAGCUGACAUCAAAGAGUCAAUCACAGACAUCAUAAAAUUCAUGCUUGAGAGAGAAUAUGUCAAGGCAAAUGAUGCCUAUCUGCAGAUGGCCAUUGGUAAUGCUCCCUGGCCUAUUGGUGUGACAAUGGUGGGUAUCCAUGCCCGUACCGGACGAGAAAAGAUCUUCUCCAAGCAUGUGGCCCACGUUCUUAAUGACGAGACACAGAGAAAAUACAUCCAGGGACUGAAGAGGCUAAUGACUAUCUGCCAGAAACACUUCACAACAGAUCCAUCUAAGUGUGUAGAGUACAACGCUCUUUAACUUCUAACUCCGCCUUUCAUACACCAAGGUGGCCUGGUUCAGUGUAUCAUAAGUCAAAUGGGAUGUUUUUUAACAGACACAAAUAAAGAGACGGCUCAUGAUUUCUUAAAGUCUUGUAAAUCGAGGACCUUCUGUACAUACAUCUACUUUCUGAGAAAAUACAUGGUUUAAACAGAAUAUGUCAUAAGCAUUAUCACAAUGUAAUUUGUACCUGGAGAAAACGUAACCCUUAAGUCUACGUAGACUGCAUCUGGCAUGCCAUUGAUCAUCACAUUUCCUCUGUCAGGCUGGUUAAUGAAUCCUCUGAUGUGUCUAAAGGAUGCUGCAGCAUGUACAGCCCAAAAAAAAUCUAUCCUAAGUCUUGCCCAGUGAAUAUUGGAUUACAUGCAUUUUUCAAAGACUUGUUUUUAUGUUGUGGCAGGCUAAGUAUUAUUUACCAAGGGAGAUCAAGCUGUGUAAGUUUUAUUACACCUGUGAUGUCACAUCUUUCUUUUUUUUUGCUGACAAGCCAGAAAGAAAUUAGAUUUAGUUUACUAUGUAUGUUUUCAGCAGAUCAUUGAACCAAUCAUUGAGUCUCUUUGCUGUCCUAGUGAGAAAAUAAAGUGUGUUUAUUAUACCAGCUGUUUCAGUUGUGAUGAAAAGCAAAUUUAGUCUCUUGAAUAUUAUUUUUGUUUUGUUAUUCUGGAGAUUUGCUCUCUCGUCUCUCACAGCUGGAUUGCUGAACUGGACUAUAUUCAGCCAGCAUGGAUUUGUUUUGUUGCCAGCACAUGUCUCUGCAGGGAAACAUUUUUGAAUAAAGGACUCUCCUCUGUAAGUGUA